AUAAGACAAAAAAGCAGAGAAUAACAAAAUUGUAUUUAUUUAUACUCAAUGGCACUUGACUUUGUGUUUCUGGCAAGCGAGUGAUCGGUUGAUGUGUUGUAAAGUGUGCAUUUUAGUCUCUAAUAAAUGCUCAACGCAGGCGUUUAGGCGAUCAGUUCGGUUUGUUAUAGUCUAAGGUGCUUAAGGUGAUUAAAUCAUAUUUGCAAUAAAAAUGCAAUUCGUUGCUUCUGAGCAUCCACAUCGCCGCCUGAAUCCCUUGACUGGCCAUUGGGUGUUGGUGAGUCCACAUCGUAUGCUACGACCAUGGACGGGACAGCAGGAAGCGCCACAGAAAAGUAAUAUACCCGACUUUGAUCCCACAAACCCGCUAAGUCCAGGCGUAGCACGACCAAAUGGGACUGUGAAUCCAGUAUACACAGGAACUUUUGUUUUUACAAAUGACUUUCCGGCUUUAAUGGAGAACAACCCGGUGCCUCCGCCCUCUGAUGAUCCCCUUUUUCAGGUGACAGAAGCACGAGGCACUUGUCGGGUUAUGUGUUUUCACCCGAAAUCAAAUGUUACACUGCCACAGAUGAGUGCUGCGGAAAUACGAGCCGUCAUAGAUGAGUGGAUCAAGCAGUUCAAUGAACUCAGUAAAAAAUUUCUUUGGGUGCAGGUAUUUGAAAACAAGGGCGCCGCAAUGGGCUGUUCGAAUCCUCACCCCCACUGCCAAAUAUGGUGUUGUUCAUUUCUGCCAUCUGAGCCUCAAAUAAAAGACGAACGCUUACGCAGCUACUAUAGCAAGAACGGUAGGCCAUUGCUAGCCGAUUAUGUAAAGCGAGAGUUGGAGCGUAGAGAGCGUAUUGUCGUGGAGAAUCAGGAUUGGCUAGUUGUGGUGCCAUUUUGGGCCGCAUGGCCAUUUGAGACUAUGCUUAUAUCACGCAACGAUAAUAAGCGCAUCAGCGAUGUGACAGAAGCGCAGCGAGAUAAUUUGGCAAAAGUUAUCAAGGAAUUAACCAUCAAAUAUGAUAACCUAUUUCAGUGUUCGUUCCCUUAUUCGAUGGGUUGGCAUGGGGCGCCGACUGGUGAGACCAGUAACGCAGACAUAUCGCAUUGGACACUACAUGCUCUUUACUACCCACCAUUAUUGCGCUCCGCUACGGUACGCAAAUUUAUGGUCGGAUUUGAAUUGCUCAACGAAGCGCAACGUGAUUUGACACCUGAACAGGCAGCUCAACGUUUACGUGAAAUCAACGGUGAACGUCAUUAUACAGAGAACUAAAUAAAAUAAAAUAUCUACAGUUGCUCCUAAGCGAGAAGUGCGAUUAAUUUUUAGAUAACAAAAUUUUAUAUUUAUAUUUAUACAUAAAGAGGCAGCAGGGUCGACGCUACUGGAGCGUAGUAGUAAAAUACUACAACAACAACAAUAACCCAGACAUUAAAAUAUAAAUCUGGCAAAGCGCUUAGG